GGUGUCCUUGAGUCAGUCGGCUUUACGUGUGUCGAGUACGGUGCUGCAGCUGCCGGCCUUGCUCUACCCAAUAGUGACGUGGACGUAACGCUCUUGUCGAAUGGUACCCCAUCUACUCAAGCGUGGCUUUCGAAUCUGUCUGAAGCCGAGAAGGAGACUUAUCCACCUCGGGAGAUCGCCCAAGCUCAUCUGCUAACUCUUCACCGGACCCUCAACGAGACACAGCAGUUCACUGUCGUCGCUACAGGGCUCGGCGGGAGAGUACCUGUGGUGACCAUUGUUCACAACCCUACGAGCAUAGUCAUGGAUGUGACAUUCAAGAAUGCUCUUGGGUGCAGAAAGAGCAUCUGGUUAGCUCAGAAGGUAGAAGCUGAGCCCCAGCUCGCUGAUGCUGUUCGAGUCGUGAAGCAUUGGACCAGACGACACAACAUGUGUGGCCAGUCGAAAGGGUGGCUGGGUGGUUACGCCAUCGCGGUCGCUAUGGUUGGUGUGGCUGGGGCACUCGGCGAACCCCCUCUCGACUGCGAGACUCUAUGUCGAGGUUUCGUCAGUAUGCUGUGUUCGAUGGAUUUGGAGAAGCAUUGUAUAAGCCCAAGACUUGGUGGGAUCUUCCCUAAGACGUCCCAGAGAGGGAAGUGCCUUUCAAUUGAAGAUCCUAUCGAGACCGAGUGGGAUUUAGGAGCAAUCCUUGGCCCGGGGAGGACCGAAGUCUUGCUCAAAAAAAUGAGUGAAAUUGAUGCAUGGUGUGUGCGGAACGGCGAGCUUAGCCUCGUCGACGAGUUGAUUGUUUCCGGUUAA